CUCCGGGUACUCCGGUUUCCUCCCACAUUCCAAAAACAUGCUAGGUUAAUUGGCUCCAGCAUCCUCUGCUAACACUGCACUUAGGGUUAGCAUUGUGGUCAUUAAGGUAACAUGUUAAUUUUUGUUUUGUAUUUUAACUAAUAUUUUAACUAAUAUAAAAAAAAUCAAAACUAGACAACAUUAUUUUAACUGUUUACUGGGGCCCCUGUCAGUUAGGGGCCUUUGGAAUGCAAACUUAAGUCCUAACUUUUACCCCCUUUGAGGGCCACACCCAUCACUUUUGUCAAGUAUAAUUUAAAACCGAACCAGGACUCACCUUAACUCAAGUCUUCUCCCUUCAACGCUGGCUCAUCUCAUCAUUCAAAUUUAGGUUAGCGUGCUAACCCUAACCCUGGCAAUAAGCAGUACAAUAAGUACAAUAAGUGUAGAAUGUUUUGGACAGAAAAAGUGAAGCCUGACAGCUGCAGUGUCACUUCGAAAAGGGGUGUGGCCACAUGGAGAAACGCCUAUUUAUGUACUUUUUAUGUCAUUUUAGUGUACUUUUCAACACUUAAUCCUCCCUGGGGUCCCAACACACGGAGCCGGAUGUGUACAUUUAACAUUUUGUCUUUCCAGUUAGUUUAUUGACAAAAGUUAAUUCUUUAGAGCGGGGGUGCCCAAACUUUUUCCACCGAGGGCCACAUACUGAAAAUCAAAGGAUGCAGGGGGACACUUUUAAGAUUUUUAUGUAUAUUUUGUUUUGGAAAAAGACAAAGCGGUAAAGAAAAUGAAUGGAUGGCUAUUUAAAGACAAGUUUGUUUUAUUUUAUUUAUUUAGUAUCAAUAUUUCAGCUUCUCUUUGCAUUUGACUUUUUUUUCCCCAUUUUUGCUGGGUUUUGUUUGGUUCAAUUUGAUAAAAAAAAUAUUAAGGUUUUUCUAUUCUUUAUCGAAAAUUUUUAUGAAAUAAAUGUGCUUCUUCAGUAAGAAUGUAUCAGUCCCGACUCCAGUUUUUUGGAGUAAUUCCCUUUGUAUAUGUUUGCCCUGCCGUAUCUCCCCAUCCUUUCACUGCUAUGUGAGGCACCUGAGCUCUCUGCCCCAAUGGAAACAGCAUCAUAAACAUAAUGGUGUGAUCUUUUCAUGAAAUAACUGAUCACUUUUUCUGUCGAAAAACACCAAUGGAGUUGUUCUUGUGAGCUUUUCAGUAGCCGUGUCACAUUCAGAUGUAGAAUUUAUAUUUGAGUGCACAUGACUAAGUUGACACUCAGCUGAAGGGAAUGUGUGACGAUGUUGAUAGACAGACAGGCGGAGGCGGGACAGUUGCUCAGGAACGACACGCCUCCCUGUGUCAAUACCCUGUUUGUUGCAGCAGCAGGCGGGACGCAGUGACGGGCUUGUGGGUGGGCGAGGAUGUUAAGUGGCGCAAGAACACCUUCAUCUUCAGAAUUCCUCUAGUUCCACUACUGGGCUCGGACAGGUGACUCCCGUCCCCCCCUCAACAGCUGCCCGAUGGCAUCCGGCAACAGCUCCAUGGCGCUCACUCCGAAGAACGAGAGCAUUGUGGACAACACGUCCGCGACCACCAUGGGUGCGCUCAUCCUCAGCCUUGUCUUCCUCUUGGGCUUCCCCGGGAACCUCUUUGUCAUCUGGAGCAUCCUGGCGCGUGCCCGUAAGCAGACCAUCACCACUAUUCUCAUCCUCAAUCUGGCCUUCGCAGACGGCUCAUUGAUGGCGCUGACUCCGUUCUUCAUCGCCUAUCUGGUGAUGAAGAGGUGGGUGUUUGGGAUGGUGAUGUGUAAGGUGCUUUUCUACUUGUGCCUGGCCAACAUGUACGCCUCCAUCCACAUCAUUACCCUAAUGAGCCUCUACAGGCUGUUGGCGGUACUGCGGCCGCAGCGUGUCGGUGCCUUAGCCGGGCACAGGACGGUAACAUUUACACUUGCGGUCAUGUGGGCGCUAGUGGCUGCUGCCUCUGUCCCUGCGCUCGUUUUCCGGGACGUGAGGUGGAGCUCUGACCGUGCCAUUUGCGACUCAUUCCACGACGAGGACAGCCACACGGUCACCCAGUACAUGCUGGAGCUGAUCCUGGGCUUCCUGAUCCCGUACAGCAUUGUGGUGGUCAGCUACAUCUGCAUCCUACGCCGCAUCCGAAAGACCAAAUUCCGCAGGCGUAUCCGAAGUGAGAAGCUCAUCCUGGCCAUCGUGGUGACCUUCUGCCUCUUCUGGCUGCCCUACCAUUUGAUCAAUAUGGUGCAGGUCACAUGGGCGCUAUGUCCGGAAGGAUCGGUCAAAACGAUGCUGGGUAAAAUCUGGCACCGGGGCCGCGCCGUCACCUCCUCAGUGGCCUUCAUCAGCAGCUGCGCCAACCCGGUGCUCUACUUCUUUGCUGGCAAGUCAUACAUCCGCCGUGAGGGUCUGGCCUUCAUGGCCCGCCUUUUCGAAGCGGCCGGUCUGGACUCGGCGACCAGGAAGAGCCGUCAGAACAGCCAGAACAGUCGGGACAAGGACAAAGAGUCGGACGCCGUCAUGUUGAAGGAAAAAGGUCAGGACUCUAACUCUGGCCCUAAUGGGAAAGUGUUGAAACUGCAGACGUGACGCGAACGUCUC